UUGAAAUUUGUCUUUUAAUAAAACAGUACCAAAUACAAAGUUUUCCAUGGCAGCAAACUUCUUUGUUGGGAUGACUUCUGAGUGCCAUACCAUAAAAAGCACCCUUUUUGCUACUGACAUUGUUCCUAAAAAGUACCAUAGUUUGAAGGCUAGCAGGUAAUAGCAGUUGAUAUUACACAUUUUGGACGGCACUGAAUCACACUUUCGGCUAAUAAAAGAGUUAUACUGAAUCCACUUGAAUCCGGUAAGUUCUACUCCACGAAAGACAGGUGUACGCUAAUCCAGGCUAGUUGUUAAUACCCUGAAUUACCACUACGUUUUAUGAGCUACACAUUUAUAGACCGGUCACAAACAUUGACUUUUUUUGUAAUAUAUACCAUGAAGAUAAUAAAAAGCAAAACUUUUAACAAAUUCACUAAAAAUUGUAAAUUUCCGAGGAACUCAAAUUCAAUGCGCGCAAAGAGAAAAAAUUGUGUAAAGCUCUUUGCAAAAUCAUAUGGUGUGUUUGACCGCUCACAGCAUAUGACCAGCUAAUCGUACAGCAUUUAAAAAGCUUUUAAAAAUCUAAUCAAAGCAUUUGCUAUCCAUAUGUGAAGAAAUAUUAACAGUUUUUAAAUUUGAAAAUUUUAAUUAAAUGCCGCUAGCGAGACCAAAUCGCCCACUGUGCGGCCGUGGCCAAGGACGCCAUUUGUAGCUUCGAUGUCCUACCUGCCUGGAAUCACUACCGCUGAAAGACAAAGUGACGAGCCUGCAGUGUUUGCAGGAGCCACUGCGUCAGCUCUAUCUGGCGGAGUUGGCUAAUAAGAAACUCAGCUUGGGCUCUUUGGACAUCUGUGCCACGGGACUAUUGGUAAAGGUCAGUGCUACGGCCAUCUCGAAAGGAGCCAAUCCCGACGGAGCGGAGGAGAAUGAGGCCCAUUAUUACGCCCUUCCACAAAAUUGCCGUGUGGUCACCUUGGUCAGAAUUAAACUCUUGUAAACUCUUGAAUCACAUGAUCAAGAGGGACUUCCCGGGACUAUGACCCCAGGUGGUGGACAACAUCAGCUAUCUAUCUGCAGAAUCAUGAUGUCAACGGCUUGAAUGGCGCCCUGAUGACCACCCCCUCGAAAAUCUCUCGAUGAAGACUCGUGCUUCCACUAUAAAAUGCAAGCCUCUCACUACAGGCACUCUUCCGAGUCGCAUCAUCGCGGAGAUAGGGAUCGGGAUGAAGACGACCGAUCGUGUACACCGCAGGAGCAGUUCGAGCCCAUUCUCAGCGACGAUGAGAUCAUUGGUGACGACGAAGAAGACGAUGCAGAGAACGCAGCGGCGAUUGCGGAAUACGAAAGGGAGUAGGAAACAGCGGCGGCAGCAGCUCCUCCCGCCAUCAACGCCUUCGAGCCAUGGCAAAAGCCACUGCAGUUCUACGAAGGUUCUACAAAACAACAAGCGACGCAACUUUGUGCUGCAACAGUUCUUCAGCAACGAUGAAGUGCAUCAGCGACAGGCGGCCCAUGUUGUGCAAAUCGCUCUAAGCUUCCAAGCGGCCUGCAUGCAGCCACAGCCCGCUUUUAAGAUUCGCCAUAUAAAGCUGGGUGCUCGGAUGGCAGAGCCCAGAGGCUGCAGUGGGGAACUGUUUCAGCAGCUACGUAAGGAGCACCAAUUCGACCCAUUCGAGGCGGUCUUCAAGCUGUACCAUGAACCCUUUAUAGCCUUCUCCAUAAAGCUUCAGCUUCUCAAAGCCGUGUAUGCUCUGCUGGACACCCGCCUGGGAAUUGCGCAUUUUCUGAAAGCGCCAAUGAAUGGAUACGAAGCGGUAAUAGAGGCCCUGAAGACUGCCAAGUUAACGCGGUCGAAGUACGUCCUGCAAGCCAUCAUCAAGAAGAUGCAUCUGUGGGAAGCCCUGGGGACUGUGCACCAUUGCUGUCGAAGGCUAUUUUUGGAGAGGAAUCCAGAAAAGAGCAAAGACGCCGAGUUCAAAACGGAGACAGUGAUCCUCUGCAAGAAGAUAGAGUACUCAUUCCAGAUGCUCAUGGAGGCAGUGAGCACCAGCCAGUUGAGCUACCAGCAACCCCGGCGCUUUCUACCCGUGUCUAAGAAAUUCGAGGUGGUCACCGAUUCCAUGGCCCAAGGGAGCUUCGCCAAUGCCUUGCAAUCCUUCUUGAGGAACCACGCUCUGGCGGAAUCCCUACUGUUGACACGCCCGCAUUUCUCUCCAACCCCGCCCGCUCCAAUAUGCCCGCCCCAAAUACAAAUAAAAUGUUAAUUAUUAA